AUGUAUGCCCCUGUUGGACCAACUGAAACAACUUUCCGAGCAAAGUCGUAUCCACAUCCGGAGAACAAGCGUCUAAGAUUUUGGGACUUACCGGGUAUUGGUACUGAUGCAUUUCCAAGGAAUACAUACACAAAAGAUGGAAAAAUAGAUUUUCAUUCCUACGAUAUUUAUAUCAUUUUGGCAUCAGACAGGUUUACGGAGGAUGAGACAUGCCUUGCUGAGACGAUCGAGAAGGCCGGAAAAAUCUUCCUGUUUGUCCGUUCAAGAAUUGAUAUACAUUUAGACAAAUGUCAUGAUGAAGAAGCUGUGGUAACAAAGAUAAGGAAAGAAUGUCAGGAGAAACUGAAAAAUAGAAAAAUAAAAUCAGAAGAUGUUUUUCUAAUAUCAAGUAAGUUUUUAAACCGCAGGUGUCUCGACUUCGAAAGAUUAUUGCAACGUCUCUUGGUUAGCCUUCCUGCGUUGAAGAAAGAAGCAGUGAUGUUUUCCCUACAAUUCAACACAAAAGAAUUCAUAGAUGCCAAAGAGAAAGCAUUACAAUCAAGAAUUCUAAAGCUUAGUUUAGGAUCUGCAGUUGGUGGUCUUGUUACUAUUCCAGGUGUUUCGUUACUAAUUGACAUAAUUUUGAUUGCAAAAGAACUAGACUUCUAUCGUAAGACUUUAUGUCUUACUGAGAUGGAUCUAAUUUGCUUGGCCAAUAAGACAAAGAAAACGGUCGAGGAACUAAAGAAAGAAUACAAUUUGAAAACGUUUGAUACAUGGGCAUUUGCCAAUGAGGACGCCGCAAAACUGACUACUAUACUCGGUCCAAUUUUUAAGCAGAUUUCCAUGUCAGAAACAGUAGAAUCAAGCGCUAGACUUAUUCCCAUGGUUGGUUCUGCCAUCGGGGCUGGGAUGUCUUUUGCAACAACAAUCUACUUCUUGAGAUCAAGCCUGAACAUGAUGGUAGAGGAUGCCAGAAAAAUGAUUCACAUCCUCGUGGUAGAAACUGGCAGUAGAGUUUUUCAGCCGAAAGGUGCGCGCCGGUAG